CACUAUGAAACCAAUUCGUUCCUAGACCGGAAGAAAAAUGAAGGACAACCAUGAAAUAGCUAAGGAACACACUCAAGGCCUUCCUUACCUUGAUUUAUAUUAACCUUUAUAUUUUGAUUUCCGCACAUUUAGAUGGCAUCUAGAUAAGUCGACCGUACCCACCAUCGUCCUAAUUGCCAUUAGUCAUGACUAGAACAGAGAGCCUUUCGCAUAUCAAUUUAGGAGGCGUACUGCUUGCUCCCGAUAUGAGCCCUUUGAACGUGCGUCACUGCAAUUACGAAUAUUACGUGAUUAGUUCACAAGCUAUUACCGUAGGCCGGUGUCAUGGAGAGCGUCCCUCAGUAUCUCACGUCUAGUUGGGAUUGUUUAAACUGGCUCUUCAAUAUUAUCAAUAGGAUAAAAGUUUGCUGAUUCCGCAUCAGCCCAGGAGUUUUUGGACGUUUGGAACGGAACUUCAAGUUUGAACGAAAUGGAUUUUUCGAACAUCAACUUUCCUUUUCCGUUAUGGAUUGUUCGCCCAACAUGGGAGUGCGCACUGAAAAUCGGUUUCUUCGUUCCUGUCAUCAUCGUUAGCCUCGUAGGCAAUGGCUUGGUGAUUUAUCUUAUGGCGACCAAUCGUUUUCUGCGUACGUCCAUCAACAUUUUCAUUUGGAAUUUGGCAAUCGCCGAUCUCUUGACCAUACUUCUCUUCCCGUGGAUCAUUCUCAUCAUCGACCUCUACCAAAUGUUUAUUCUUGGAGCGGUUAUUUGCCAAAUAGAGGGAUUUCUACGAGUGAUGCUGAUGUUGGUAGAUGUCUUCAGUUUGCUAGCUGUGAGUUGUGACCGGUUCUUUGCAAUUGUAUUUCCGUUUCGUCCGCGAAUGGGUCACUUGGCAGCAUACAUCAUUUGUGGUGUCAUCUGGAUCCUUUCGUCAGCAAUUGCCUGCCCCCUCAUAACUGCACGGGUCUACAAAGAGCGUCAAUGGAAGGACAUUUUGGAAUCGUGGUGCAUCGACAAUGUUUCAUUUUCUUUUAUCUACUACAUCUCCCUGGACGCCAUUCUUGUUUGGUUCCCGUUAAUCGUCAUGACUGUCCUCUUCAUUUUCAUCUUUAUCAUAAUGAAACAGCGGACUUCUACCUGUUCGGCCAUUCAACUGAAGCAAUUAGCCCAGAGACAUCGAAUCAUUCGGAUGCUGUUCUUCAUUCUAAUCGGCUUCUUUAUUUGCUACAUGCCUUUCACCAUUUCCAUCAUCGUUCGAAACAAAGUAGUCCUCGGAAACAGCAUCAAUAGCAUCCCUGAUUGGCUGCGCUCUCUGCUGUACACGUCUCGUUACGUCAUGUGCGUCAAUACAGCCCUCAACCCCAUCAUCUACGGAUUCUGCAAUGACAAUUUCAGAAAAGCGGCGGCCAAACAAUUUCCGUCCCUGAAGUGGGGCGUCACUCCAGUGGCUUCAGCAAUGUCAGCUUCAUCGAACAACGGACGAAUAAAUUCCGACUGAAACAAACUUCAAAACCAAACAUAUGUUAUGUGACUUGAUCCGACCACAACUACAUUUGAUUGUAAUGAAGAUAUUCUAUAACACAAACACUUUGCAGUGAAACAAAUAUCAUAUUAUAUAUAUUAUUAUUGUGGAAACAAUGGACGAAAUACACGAUUCUUGAUUAA